AUGUCUCAACCCGUCAAGUCGGGCGAGAGGCGCCCUUCCACCUCCAAGGGCAACCGCAUUACCCAGUUCUUCUCCUCGAGCCCCAAGUCCAAGGACUCUGCUGCCCAGCAGGUUUUGCUCGCCAUGCAGCAACACCAGUCCGCCGUUGGCGCUCCCGCCCUCUCGCCCUCGUCUCUCCCUACCAUCUCUCUCUCUCCCGCUGGCCCUGGUGAUCUCAGCAGCGUCGAGGCCCCGACUUCGACCCUCUUCCAGCCUCAGUCUCCUGAGGACGUUGAACGACAGAAGCGUGCCGACGCUCAAUUCGGCCCUCUUGUCCACCCGAGCCACCGAUACACCAGCAUGUCUCACGGAGAGCCCCUCGAGCCCCCCCCUGAGGACGAGCCUCCUUACUACUUCAUUCUCACCACCUACAUCAGCUACCUUAUCCUCAUCCUUCUCGGUCACUUCCGCGACUUCUUCGGCAAGCGCUUCGGCAACCCCAAGCACUACCGAGCCCUCAAGGCUGCCAAUGGCUACGCCGCUCUCAACUCCGAUUUUGACAACUUCUACGUUCGCCGCUUGAAGAUGAGACUGGAUGAUUGCUUUGCCCGUCCCACUACCGGCGUUCCCGGACGUUUUAUUACACUCAUGGACCGCAAGUCUGACGACUUCAACCGCACUUACAAGUAUACCGGUACCUACACUGAGACACUCAACAUGAGCUCCUACAACUACCUCGGUUUCGCUCAGUCUGAUGGUCCCUGCGCCGACGCUGUUGAAGAGUGUGUUAAGCAUUAUGGCGUCAGCUUCUGCAGCCCCCGCGGCGCUGCUGGCACUUCCGAUCUGGCUCUUGAGGUUGAGCGCGAGAUUGCCGAGUUUGUCGGCAAGCCCGCUGCUAUGGUUUUCUCCAUGGGCUACGUCACCAACGCCAGCUCUUUCCCUGCUCUCGUUUCCAAGGGUUGCCUCAUUAUCUCCGAUGAGCUCAACCAUGCUUCUAUCCGUAUCGGUGCCCGUCUCUCUGGUGCUGUGAUUCAGUCCUUCAAGCACAACGACAUGACCGACCUCGAGCGCGUUCUCCGCGAGGCUAUCUCCCAGGGCCAACCCCGUACCCAUCGUCCCUGGAAGAAGAUUCUCCUUGUCGUCGAAGGCCUUUACUCUAUGGAGGGUACUAUGUGCGAUCUUCCCGGAAUCCUUGCCCUCAAGGAUAAGUACAAGUUCUACCUCUUCAUUGAUGAGGCUCACUCCGUCGGUGCCCUUGGUCCCCGCGGACGUGGUGUGUGUGACUACUUCGGCAUCGACCCCUCGGAAGUGGACAUUCUCAUGGGAACUCUUACCAAGUCUUUCGGCGCCAACGGCGGUUACAUUGCUGCUGACCAGCAUAUCAUCGACAAGCUCAAGAACACAAAUGCAUGCACCCAGUUUGGAGAGUCUCCCGCUCCCAGCGUCCUCAUGCAAAUUCUGGCCUCCCUGAAGCUCAUUACUGGUGAGCUCUGCCCCGGUCAGGGUGAGGAGCGUCUCCAACGUAUUGCCUUUAACUCGCGCUACCUCCGCCUCGGACUUAAGCGUCUUGGCCUCAUCGUCUGUGGCCACGAUGACUCUCCCAUUAUCCCUGUCAUGCUCUACCACCCCGCCAAGCUCCCCGCCUUCAGCCACGAGAUGCUUCGACGCAAGAUUUCAGUCGUUGUCGUCGGUUACCCCGCCACUCCUCUUAUCAGCUCUCGCGCUCGAUUCUGUGUCUCAUCUGCCCACAACAAGGACGAUCUGGACCGACUCCUGGCCGCCUGUGACGAGGUUGGCGACAUCUUGCAGAUCAAGUUCUCAACUGGUAUCGCUGGUGGACAGGAGCACCUCCCUGAAGGCAUCUCUGCCGAAGAUGAGUCGGAGUGGAGGAAGGAGAACGGCAUCGCUCUGAAGGCUCCCCGGUGGAGGCUGGAAGACGUCGUGCGACACGGUGUCCACGAUGCCAAGGUUGCGCUGCGGUAA